CAGGUCGUCCUCCUAGAUCCAGAUAAUGUUUAUAUAUAUAGACAUCACAGAUGAAAACCUUGCCAAGCCUUAUUUAACGUUAUUUGGGCUUGAAGAAGCAGAGAGCACUGUGGUGGCUGCUUUUGAUGUCCGAGUCAACUCUAAAUAUCUAUUAGAGUCAAAUCCAACACCAAGCAAUAUAGAGGAGUUCUGCUCAGGGCUUCUGCAUGGCACUUUGUCUCCAUACUUCAAAUCACAAGCAAUACCUAAUAACGUGAGUAGUUUUUUCCCUUAA